AUGAGCGGCCUGCCUCCUCCCCCUCCGCCCCCUGGGUUCACAGCAGGGUCUUCCUUACCGCCUCCACCACCACCACCAGGAUUCAAAGGUCCCCGUCAAACGGCUUUGAAUAGCAGCACGCAAAAAACAAACUCUGUAGCACAUGGCAGUAGCAAAGGAGCCUCGGCGACAUUAAAUGGCAAUUCACAGAAGAGGAGCUCCGUCGCAUUCAGUCCCGUAAAUAGUCCUGAUGGGCUUCCAGUGCCUCCUCCACCACCUCCUCCAAGAACUCGUAAAUUUCCCACGGACGAAGCUUCAAAGCGGCAGCCAUCACCUCCUCCUGCAUCUUUAGAUAAUCACUCAAUGAAAAGGAGAAAAACAGUUCCAUCUGGUGUCCCAAGAGUUAACCUUACGAAAGAAACGCUUCGAUUCAAGCGUACGGAGUGGCUAAACUUACAGAAAAACAAGUUUCAAAGAAAAGGAACCCCCACGAAAGUCAAGUCCAAAGCACACAGACGUGGCUUGGUACAUUCACACAAGGUAGACAUGCCACCAGAACAUCUAAGGAAAAUUAUCAAUGAUCACAGGGACAUGACGUCUAAGCGAUUUGACCCUGACAGAAGAGCAUUUCUUGGGGCGCUUAAGUACAUGCCUCACGCAAUACUGAAGCUCAUAGAAAACAUGCCACAGCCUUGGGAACAGGUUCGGGAAGUGAGGGUUUUGUAUCAUAGUACUGGUGCUUUGACCUUCGUUAAUGAAAUACCGCGUGUGAUAGAGCCCGUUUUCGCUGCCCAAUGGUCAACUGCAUGGAUUGCUAUGCGACGCGAGAAAAGAGAUCGGCGACAUUUCAAACGUAUGCGUUUUCCGCCGUUUGAUGAUGACGAGCCUCCUCUUUCGUAUUCCGAACAUGUACAACAUAUCGAGCCGUUAGAUGCUAUCAAUCUGCGACUCGACGAAAUUGAGGAUGCCGCUAUAAAGGACUGGAUUUUUGAUUCGAGGCCAUUACUCGAGAGCAAAGCCAACAUCAACGGCUCGUCCUAUAAAGGUUGGAGACUCGAUUUACAGAUUAUGUCCAACUUGUAUAGGAUUACAUCGCCUCUAUUGGAAGAGGACCAAGACGGUAAUAGUCGAUACCUUUUCAACAACGAUUCCUUUUUCACAGCUAAAGCUUUGAACAAUGCCAUCCCAGGUGGACCAAAAUUUGAACCUUUAUUUCCCGAAGAUGAAGACGGCGAUUAUGAUGACUUCAGCUCACUUGAUCGCAUUAUUUUCCGCAUUCCCAUAAAAACGACAUAUAAGGUUGCUUUUCCUCACCUCUACAAUCCACGCCCCCGAGAAGUUCGCCUUUCCUGGUACAAUGAUCCCAUUAGUUGCCGUGUUAGCAGAAGCGACGAUGAAACAGCCCAGGCUUUCCGAUUUGACGCUUCUUUUAAUCUAAUUCAUACGACAUCCCAGAAGUCCGAGGCAGGUCUUUUAUCCAGUGACUUCAGUCUCCAACCGGAAUUUGAGGCGUGUCUGCAAGAUUUGAAUUUAGAGUCUCCUCAGACUCAAGAUGCUGUUUCUUUAUAUCAUGCACCAUUUCCAUUUAAUAGAAGAACGGGCAAAACAAUCAGGUCGCAAGAUGUGGCUUUAAUAAAAAGAUGGUUUUUGCAGAGGCCGGAGCAUGAUCUUCCUAUCAAAGUAAGGGUUUCUUACCAGAAGCUGCUGAAAAAUCACGUAUUGAAUGAACUCACAAAUUCGAGAUCGUCAGGUAGAGGCAAAAAGAAGUUACUCAAAAGUCUUCGCAAUACCAAGUAUUUUCAACAAACGACUAUCGAUUGGGUUGAAGCAGGCUUGCAAGUAUGUAGCCAAGGCUUCAACAUGUUGAAUUUGCUCAUUCAUAGGAAAGGCUUAACUUAUUUGCAUCUUGAUUACAACUUCAAUCUUAAACCAACAAAGACACUGACGACAAAGGAGCGCAAGAAAUCGAGGUUUGGCCAUGCCUUUCACUUAAUUCGAGAAAUUUUAAAGGCUACGAAACUUCUGGUGGAUGCCCAUGUUCAACAUAGACUGGGAAAUGUUGACGCUUUUCAACUUGCUGACGGUAUCAAUUACAUUUUAAACCACCUUGGUCAGUUGACUGGUGUUUAUCGUUACAAGUAUAAAGUCAUGCAUCAAAUCAGGGCUUGUAAAGAUAUCAAACACAUCAUCUAUCAUCGCUUCAACAGAAUCAUUGGGAAAGGUCCUGGCUGUGGUUUCUGGCAUCCGUCCUGGCGUGUUUGGAUAUUUUUCAUGAGGGGUAUUAUUCCACUCUUGGAGCGUUGGCUUGGAAACCUUCUGGCGCGCCAGUUCGAAGGUCGAUCUAGCGAAGUCGUCAAGACAGCGACGAAGCAACGUCUAGACGCAUACUACGACCUCGAGUUGAGAGCCGCGGUGAUGAAUGACAUACUCGACAUGAUGCCCGAAGGGAUGAAACAGAACAAAACUAAGACAAUUCUACAGCAUUUGAGCGAAGCGUGGCGGUGCUGGAAGGCAAACGUGGCAUGGAAUGUGUCCGGUAUGCCAGAGCCUGUCAAGGCAAUUAUUGAGAGAUAUAUUAAAGCCAAAGCUGACGGCUGGGUUUCUGCUGCCCAUUAUAAUCGUGAUCGCAUCAAGCGCGGUGCUCACGUCGAAAAAACUGUUGUACGGAAAAACCUGGGGAGAUUGACCCGCCUUUGGAUGAAGUAUGAGCAAGAACGCCAGCAGAAAAUUGAAAAAAAUGGUCCCGAAAUCACCCCAACUGCUGCAACCAACAUCUUUAAAGCAAUGGUAAACUGGUUAGAGACAAACAAUUUCUCACCUAUUCCUUUCCCUCCAUUAACCUACAAAAAUGAUACCAAAGUUCUCGUUCUCGCACUUGAAAAUCUCAAAAAUGCUUAUUUUUCCAAGGUUCGACUAAAUGCAACCGAAAGAGAAGAAUUAGCGUUGAUUGAAGAAGCUUACGACAAUCCUCAUAAUACACUCAAUCGGAUAAAAAAAUAUCUUUUGACGCAACGGGUCUUUAAGCCUGUUGAUCUUUCUAUGAAAGACGAGCUUCUUCAAAUUUCUCCUGUUUACUCCGUGGAUCCUUUAGAAAAGAUAACUGACGCAUACCUUGACCAAUACCUGUGGUACGAAGGUGAUCGGAGACAUUUAUUUCCAAACUGGAUUAAACCGAGCGAUGCGGAAAUUCCUCCCUUGUUGGUUUACAAAAUGACUCAAGGCAUUAACAACCUGAAUGGUAUUUGGGACGUGUCGGAUGGACAAUCAACUGUCAUAUUACAGACAAAUCUGGACGAAAUGGUAGAGAAGAUAGACUUCACUGUACUCAAUCGACUUUUGAGACUAAUCAUGGACCCGAACUUGGCCGACUACAUCACUGCCAAGAACAACGUAGUAUUGAAUUUCAAAGAUAUGAGCCAUGUUAACAAGUAUGGUCUCAUUAGAGGUCUUCAAUUUUCCUCCUUCGUUUAUCAAUUCUAUGGUCUCAUGAUCGAUCUUCUGAUACUGGGCCCUGAUAGGGCUUCUGAGCUGGCCGGACCACCAAGCUCUCCAAACGAAUUUUUGCAGUUUAAAAGUUUAGAUGUCGAAAAAGGAUCACCGCUCAAGCUAUACUGCAGAUACUUUGACAAAAUUCAUAUUGUUCUUCACUUUGAGGAAUAUGAAGCCGAGGAGCUUGUACAGGACUACCUAUCGGAAAACCCAGAUCCAAACUUUGAAAAUGCAGUGGGAUAUAACAAUAAAAAGUGCUGGCCAAAAGAUUCUCGCAUGAGAUUAGUCCGGGACGACGUUAAUUUAGGCAGAGCUGUAUUUUGGGAGUUUGCCAGUCGUGUACCCUCGUCUUUAGCGAACAUAUCAUGGGAAAGCUCCUUAUUGUCCGUUUACAGUAAGACCAAUCCUAAUCUCUUAUUCACCAUGUGCGGCUUUGAAGUACGGAUACUUCCCAACGCAAGAAGCGAAGAAGUGUUAUCAACAGAUGAGGGAGUAUGGGAUCUUGUUGAGCAAGAUACCAAACGAAGGACUGCAAAGGCUUUUUUGAAGGUUUCUGACGAAGAUGUGGAAAAAUUCAAUAAUACAAUCAGAGGUAUUUUAAUGGCAUCCGGCUCAACCACCUUUACGAAAAUUACAGCAAGGUGGAAUACCGCUUUGAUUUCGUUAUUUGCCUACUAUCGAGAGGCGAUUGUGGCUACAGAAUCUCUUCUAGAUGUACUGGUCAAGUGUGAAACAAGGAUUCAAAACAGGGUGAAGUUGGGGCUCAAUUCUAAAAUGCCGACAAGAUUUCCGCCCGCAGUUUUUUAUACUCCGAAGGAGCUCGGCGGCUUAGGCAUGUUGAGUGCAUCCCACAUCUUAAUUCCAGCUUCCGAUCUAAGCUGGUCCAAACAGACAGAGACGGGAAUAACACAUUUCAGGUCAGGAAUGACCCACGAGGAGGACAAACUCAUUCCAACGUUGUUUAGAUAUAUUACAACAUGGGAGAAUGAGUUUCUUGACUCGCAAAGAGUAUGGACCGAUUAUGUCGCAAAGAGGCAAGAGGCUUUACAACAGAAUCGCCGUCUUGCAUUUGAAGAACUGGAGGGAUCGUGGGAUCGUGGUAUUCCUCGUAUAAGUACUUUGUUUCAGAAAGACCGCCACACAUUAGCUUACAACAAAGGGUAUCGAGCAAGGCUGGAUUUCAAACAAUUUUCAUUGGAACGGAACAAUCCAUUUUGGUGGACAGACACUCACCACGACGGUAAGCUUUGGAACUUAAAUGCUUAUAGAACCGACGUCAUUCAAGCUUUAGGAGGAAUCGAAACAAUCCUUGAACACACCCUGUUUAAAGGCACCGGGUUCAGUUCAUGGGAAGGCCUUUUCUGGGAAAAAGCAUCCGGAUUUGAAGAUUCCAUGCAGUUCAAAAAACUAACACACGCACAACGGACAGGCCUGAGCCAAAUACCUAAUCGUCGUUUCACGUUAUGGUGGUCACCAACAAUAAACAGGGCCAAUGUAUACGUUGGUUUCUUGGUCCAGCUUGAUCUAACAGGAAUUUUUUUACAUGGAAAAAUUCCAACUCUCAAGAUUUCGCUUAUCCAGAUUUUCAGAGCUCACUUGUGGCAGAAGAUUCACGAGAGUAUUGUUUUCGAUAUUUGUCAAAUUAUUGAUGGUGAAAUGGAUAUGCUGCAGAUUGAGUCUGUGGAUAAGGAGGCUAUUCAUCCGAGGAAAUCAUAUAAAAUGAAUUCAUCGGCCGCGGAUAUCUUAUUGAAAAGCAAUUAUUCUUGGAAUGUUACAAGGCCAUCUCUUCUUCAUCAUACAAAUGACAGAUAUGAUGCAACGAAUACAGGUAAAAUUUGGGUUGACGUGCAACUUCGUUAUGGUGAUUACGAUUCUCACGAUAUUUCUCGAUAUGUGAGAGCCAAAUUUCUGGAUUAUACAACGGACAAUAUCAGCAUGUAUCCUUGUCCUACAGGUGUAAUGGUGGGUAUUGACCUCGCAUACAAUAUGUAUGAUUGUUAUGGUAACUGGUUUGAGGGCCUAAAACCAUUGAUGCAAAAUGGUUUGAAAACGAUAAUGAAGGCUAAUCCCUCCUUAUACGUGCUUCGGGAAAGAAUAAGGAAAGGACUUCAAAUUUAUCAGUCUCAAACACAAGAGCCUUUUUUAAAUUCCUCCAACUACGCGGAACUGUUUUCGGAUGACACAAAGUUUUUCAUUGACGAUACGAACGUUUACAGAGUAGCUGUGCACAAGACCUAUGAGGGAAACAUUGCAACCAAACCUAUUAACGGUUGUAUCUUCACGCUAAACCCAAAAACUGGAGAACUCUAUCUUAAGAUCAUUCACACAUCGGUGUGGGCAGGUCAAAAACGUCUAAGUCAGUUGGCCAAAUGGAAAACUGCAGAAGAAAUAAGUGCUCUGAUUAGAUCUUUACCGAAGGAGGAGCAACCCAAGCAGAUCAUUGUAACAAGAAGAGCAAUGCUCGAUCCGCUUGAGGUGCACAUGUUAGAUUUUCCUAAUAUCUCUAUUAGACCUACAGAGCUGAAGCUACCCUUCUCGGCUUCUUUAGCUAUCGAGAAGCUCUCGGAUGUUGUCAUGAAAGCUACUGAGCCGCAAAUGGUUCUUUUUAACAUUUACGAUGAUUGGCUAGACCGUGUAUCUUCAUACACUGCUUUUUCGAGAUUGAUUUUGUUGCUAAGAGGAUUGAGAACCAAUGAGGAAAAGGCCCAGAUGAUUUUAAAGAGUGAUCCAACGAUACCUAUCAAAGAGCAUCAUUUAUGGCCUUCUUUCAACGAUAAUCAAUGGAUUCAAAUCGAGAGCAAACUGCGUGAUUUGAUCUUGGAUGAAUAUGGAAGAAAGUACAAUGUCAACAUCGCUUCUUUGACGCAGACGGAAAUCAAAGAUUUAAUUCUGGGCCAAAAUAUCAAAGCACCGUCCGUGAAACGACAACAAAUGGCAGAGAUAGAAGCUGCUAAAUCUUCAAGCAACAAUAUUAAUGUGGAUGAGCAAUCCGCCGUAGCAACAAAGAUAAAGCAAACAAAUGCUCAAGGCGAAGAAAUUAUGGUUGUCACAUCCACUAAUUAUGAGAAUCAAAUGUUCAGCUCUAGCAACGAAUGGCGUCAAAGGGCAAUAUCUAACUCUUUGCUGUACAUGCGUUUGAGAACGAUAUAUCUCUCAUCAGAAGAGUUUGUGGAGGAGAAAAAUGUUUAUAUCCUUCCUAAGAAUCUUCUAAAGAAGUUCGUUGAAAUAUCGGACUCCAAAGCCCAAGUUGGAGGGUUCAUUUUUGGUAGCGCUGCGGGAGACCAUAAAAAAGUAAAAGAGAUCAAGACAAUUGUGAUGGUACCACAGCUUGGCAACAGUCACACCAUCCAGUUAAGUCAGCUAUCAGAAGACUCAUUAUAUCUUCAAAACUUAGAACUGCUUGGGUGGGUGCACAGCAACAGUGAAGAGCUCAAAUAUAUGACGGCGCCCGAGGUUUCUGUGCAUUCCAGCUUGUUUCUCAAUCGUCGAGAUGCCAUAGAUUUGUCCGUGUAUCUCAAUCCGGGUUCAGUUUCUUUAUCGGCUUACACCUUGUCAGACGACGGGUUUGAAUGGGGAUCGGCCGAUAGGGAUGAACUUGUCAGAACACCGGAAGGAUUUGAACCAGCUUUCAGCGAGCAUGCACAAUUGAUGCUUUCGGAUAGAAUUACUGGUUAUUUUCUUGUACCGUCUUCUGGUAUCUGGAAUUAUGCUUUCAUGGGUGCGGCAUUCGAUUCAAACAAAAUAAGCGAUCUAAAACUUGAUGUGCCACUGGAGUUCUACAACGAACUACAUCGUCCCGUUCACUUUUUGCAGUUCGGAGAGGUCGUAGAGAAUGAAGAGCUCGAACCGGAUGAAGAAGAUGUGUUUGGUUAG